AUGGAGAUCGAGACGGACGAGGAAGUCUUGCGGCAGCUUGCUGCAGGGGGCGCCAUGGACUACGCUCAAUGGCCCAACCUGCUCCAAAGCAUCCUCUCAAGACUUGACAAGAUCGCACAUGACGAAUUUCCUAUCCCGGCCCUACCACCCCCUCCCCAGCAGGCCAACGCACCAGGCCAACAAAGAACCCUUCCGCCCCUCCUUUCCUCGUCACUCGAGACGCCCACCAGCCGGCCCUCCUCCCAGGAUGCCGACAAGGAGAACAACCAACCCCAGAACUCGGCUGCCACUACCGAACCCACCGUCACAGAUGAUCCAGAAGAGGCGCCGGCGCCGGCGCUUGCCAGUAACCCUGCCGCCAGGCGUGCUCCCGCCCCAACUAGUGCGUCCAGGACCACGUACGGCGGCCCCGGCGUCGAGAUGCAGGGAAUCGAUUUCGAGGCCGCCGUGGGCCGCAAGCCUGACGAGGAGCCGACGACCAGCACCAACGAAGACGACGCCGCCUCGGACGCCGAGAGCGAGGCGUCGCAGAAGAGGGAGGCGGACGCCGAGGUUGGGGAGGGUCCCGCGCCCAAGAAGCGCAAGGACGGAGACGGAGACGAGGACAUGAGCGAUGAUGGCACCGAGGACAAGACGGAGCAAGUCGACAGCGCGAAGGAGGUUUGA